AUGUGGAGAACGAGGUCGUCGCGCCCCUACGACCUCCAGAUCAAGCUGCUGAUGAUCGGCGACUCCGCCGUGGGAAAGACGUCGCUGCUGCUGCGCUACGCGAACGACACGUUCUCGUCGACGUUCAUCACGACCAUCGGCAUCGACUUUAAGAUCAAGACCGUGGACCUCGACGGGAAGCGCGUCAAGCUCCAGAUCUGGGACACCGCGGGCCAGGAGCAGUUCCGGACGAUCACGCGGUCCUACUUCCGCGGCGCGCAGGGCAUCGUGCUCGUCUACGACAUCACGGACCGGGGCACCUUCAACUCCGUGAAUCGCAUCCUCGUGGCGAACAAGUGCGACUACGAGUCCGCGCGGCAGGUGUCCGCGGACGAGGGCCGACGGCUCGCCGAGGAGUACAAUGUUCGCUUCCUCGAGACCUCCGCGAAGAACGACGUCAACGUCGCCGAGACGUUCACGACGAUCGCGCGCGAGGUCACGGCGAGGAUCCCGACGGAGGGCGGCAAGCAGGCCGGGGGCCAGAAGCUCAAAUCCGGCGGCUCCGGCGGCAAGAGCGGCUGCUGCAAGUGA